GACUCUCGAGCCGACAACUGAGCUGACGGAGAACAACACAGCGGUAACUUCAGUGCCUUAGUGAAAAAGUGUUCUGUCGGGGACGGAACGUGUGAGGACUCUGGAAUUUACCGGUCGGGAGUGCGGACCUUCUUCCUGGAAUACCUCCUGGUGUGCGAAAAAUCGGCAAUGGAAGUUAUCAAGAGCAAGGAGGACUUCGAGAAAGCUUCGACCAAUUCUCUGAAAGGUUUCCUCGUUGUUCAUUUCUUCGCCGCUUCAUGGUCGCCCGAGUGCACUCAGAUGGAGGAUGUCAUUAAGGAAAUUGCGGCUGAUCACCCGAAAACCAAGUUCUUCAGGAUCGAAGCUGAGGAGUUGGAGGCGAUCUCACAGCAAUACGGGAUUACUGCCGUGCCGGAGUUCGUAUUCCUGCUGGGCAAGGCUACACAAGAGAAAAUGCGAGGAGCUGAUCCGUCAAGCUUCAUGCACAAGGUCCGAGAACUUGAGAAGAAAGCCGAAACUGCCUGCCUGGGAGACGAAGCGACGAAGUCCGCGUCCUCGAGCGCCGAAUCGCUCGACACACGUCUCCGGAAGCUCAUAGAUUCGAAGAAAGUGAUGAUUUUCAUGAAGGGUGACCCGAACCAGCCUCGAUGUGGAUUCAGCCGGAAGGCCAUCGAAAUGUUGAAGAAGCACAGCGUAGAGUUCGGUUAUUUCGAUAUCCUGACCGACAAUGAUGUCCGUGAAGGACUCAAGAAAUACUCGAAUUGGCCCUCAUAUCCCCAACUCUACGUCAAAGGUGAUCUCGUGGGCGGAGUCGACAUCAUGGCGCAGCUAGAGGAAGAGGGUAGCCUGAAGGGAGUUCUCGAAGGAUCAGCGUGAAAUCUGAUCGCUCUAAUUCGAGCGUCUGGAGUUCCGCACCGGAGUCUCUAGCUCAGGAUUGAAGAGAGAAAGUCAAACGAUAGAGCCUUAUCCACGCAUCAAUACCUCGAUCGAUACCUAGCUCGCUUUUCGCCGAGUCUUAAAGAGCCGUAGAUUUCUCAGAGGCGUCUCCGAGUCGAAGAAUACAUUCCCAUGCAUCGACGUAUCGGUCGAAGUUGUUCGUCAUAGGAGUUCUUGGCAAUGGACCAGGAAGUGUUCCGUGAAAUAAACCUCGGGGCUUCAUUGCGAGAAACC